AUGGAUGAAACUGAAAGUUCAGAUACAAGCUCAUUUGAAGACUCCGUAAACUUUGCUCUCCAUCCCUAUGAUCUAGAGGAGGAGCAUCGGUUGUCUCUCAAUAAGACUGACAGCUACCACAGUCUCUAUCCUGAUCAGGCUGUUGUGAAUACCGUCUCACAUACAGAUGACCAAAAUGGAGACAACAACUGCUAUGAGGUGAGCAUGGGAGUCGGUGACAAACGCGAUCCCUUGAGACUUCCCCUGUGGCGUAAGUGGCUCAUUACAAUCACCCUUGCUCUCGUCGGUCUUGAUAUUUGCUUAUUGUCGAGUUGCUGGUCUCUCGUAACACCAUUGAAAGAGAAAUACAAGGUUUCACACGAGCUCUUUGUACUAGGGGUGUCAUUUUACAUUUUUGGCAUGGCUUGGGGACCCCUAUUUUUGUCUCCGAUUAGCGAGUUUUAUGGGCGAAGAACGACAUACAUUUUUGGCCUCACAACUUGCAUUAUCUUCCAGAUCCUGACUUGCUUCGUUCCGAAUUAUGGGUUCAAGAUAUUCUGCCGGUUUAUGACAGGACUUUUUGGUUCCGUAUUUUUAUCGGUUGCACCUGGUACAAUAUCCGAUAUUUUCACGAAGCAAACUAUAGGAACGCCGUUGGCCAUUUAUUCGCUCUGUCCGUUUUUAGGACCGAGCUUAGGUCCUUUGCUCGCAGGUAUUGUGGUUCACUUUGGCGGUGAUAAGUACAUGUGGACUUUCUAUAGCCUACUGAUUUUCUCUGGAUGUCUAUGGGUGUUGGUGAUUUUGGUGGUUCCCGAGACCUAUGUUCCGAUACUAACAAAAUGGAAGGCUCAAGAACUCCGGAUGAGUACCGGUAAAGAGGAGCUGUUUGCUCCAAUCGAGAGAAUGCACUCAAACAUGUUGGAAUCCAUCUUGAAAGCACCAAAACGGCCGCUCUCUGUUCUGGUUUUCGAUCCGAUGAUGACCGUCCUCUGCUUCUAUUCGGGCCUCGUAUUGGGAAUUGUCUACUUGUUCUUCUUCUCCAUCCCUUACACGUUCCAUAAAGUCUGGGGAUUCAACGUUGCAGAGCAGGGACUAGCAUUUCUAGGUAUGGCUAUUGGAAUGCUGGCAUCUUCUGCCAUUUCGCCGUAUUUUGCCAAACUCUACCUCAGACUGAGCAAUCUGAAAGGCAAAGCUCAGCCUGAAUACAGGUUCCCGCCGCUUAUUGUCGGAGGCUUCUUGGCCCCCAUUUCACUAAUUAUACUGGCAUUUACAACUUACAAACAAUGCCACUGGAUUGGAGCGCUCAUUGCCUCUGGAUUCUAUGGCUUGUCGACAGGGCUGAUCAUUUCUGGGAUUUUCACUUACACAGCGGACGCAUACCAGCUGUAUGCGGCAUCUGCAGCUGCUGCAAACACCUUUACAAGAUGUUCCAUGGCUGGAAUUUUCCCGCUGUUUGGCCUCCAAAUGUACGAGAGAUUAGGAGUUCAUUACGCAAGCUUGCUUUUAGGGCUCGUUGCGCUUCUGCUUACCCCUGCACCUCUCCUCUUCUAUAAAUAUGGAGCCAAACUUAGACAACGGUCUAAGUUUGCUUGGUCUAAUACGCAAUAA